UAUUUAUUAUUACUCGAGCCGUCCGCCUCGCAUCGUCGUCGUUGUCGUCGUUUAUAAGUGGUUGCUGGUCUCGCAAGUGAGUGAGUGGUGUUGAUUGCAAGUGUGAGCUGAAAAAACAACAAAGCAGGCCAGAAACCAUUCACAGCCGCUUAGUAAAGGUAUAACAACAAUGAAGAUGCCCGAUCACAACAUUGGAUGUAGUAGCUCGAACAACGGUUACAGCGGUAACUACAGCGACAGCUACGACUCGGACCCCGACGGUUACAUAACCCCUCCGAACGAGGACAAUUCCAACGGGGGCCCGAAUCUGGACGAAGACUUUUCCGAAUAUAUGUGGAUGGAGAACGAGGAAGAGUUCGACAAGCAGGAAAUGCAACGACUGGAAGAGGAAGCUCUCAUGGAGCAGUGCAUCGAGGCAAUGCUCCAAGAUGAGAUGGACGCGGAACAGGAAUCCAAUGGGCAAUCAACGCUGGAAGUUGGAAGUCCAAAGGAACUGUGCAAUGCCCUGUCGACCCUGCAGAUCACCAAGGACCAGAAGGUCAGCGUUGAGCAGUCAACCUUGAACCCUCUGGCGGCCGAGUUUGUGCCAUCGUCGAUGCCUGUUUAAAACUGCGACCGCACGUGAUCUUCAUCUCUCUCUCUAUCUUUAUCUUUCUCUAGCGAUAGGCCACCAAGCGUAAAGAAUACUCAAUAAGCAAGUAAACCAACAAACAACAAACUUAACAUGUUUCAUAUUCAAAUAAUUGUAUCAGUCAUCGUCGUUAUAAACCAUGUUGCAUUUACUUUUCUGUGAAAAGUAAAGUUGAGUAUUGUUGCGGGCGGGACUAACGAAUCGCGGAGAGCUUCAGAAAGUGUGGUCUGUGAAAUUCGAAUGGCAUGAGUAAGGCAGAAACAACCGUUUAACCGUUUACAUAUAUAGGUAAAAUGACGUACAAACCCAAUGUUUUAGGUUAUCUUGAUCUCAACCGUGCGAUGGCGCAGACUUGAGAGCAAGAUAUUACAACAACAAAAAUAAUCAAACGUCGUUGUUCAAGCAAGGAACGCUAGGUAUUGUAGAAUAAUCGAGGAAAACAAUUAUUAAAAUUCAAUAACGUUUAAAAAAUUGCGGCUUAGUUCAAUCUAUUGAAAAUUGAAAAACAUAACUACAAAAAAUCAUCAUUUUCUGUUUACGUUAGAUUACAACGAAAAGGUCUGGUCAUUCGAAAAUACUUUUAUGUGAUUCUCAAUAUCCUAAAAAACUGUACUUCAGUAUUGUCGAUGUUAUUUUUUAUGCAAUAGUUUUCUUAAUAUUUUUUUUUUAGAUAAAGCACUAUAUUUUUGCAACGAAAAAAAUCAAUUGCAUCAAUCCCUUCGAUUGUGUUUCCUUAGAUUUCGAUUCAAAUUACCUACUUCAAAUAUCGUUACAAGUACAGUGAAUUCAUUAAAUGCAGAAACAUAGUUCCUUAGUUUGAAGAAUGUACUAAAUGCCAUUAUUAAAUGCUGAUGUGUAGUGUUUUACCGCGAACAAAAAAAAAUCGGUCAUAGGCAUAGCCUCAGCGACCAGUAUCUAAGUAGGCCUACUACAAAUUGCAUAAAACCGUACAAAAAAAAACAACAAAACGAAAACUCAAAAAAUGCUGUUCAAACAAUCUUUAGUUUUGGUAGUUGCGUUUAAGCCCCAGCUACAAUCCCUAAUUUUGUCAAAAUUUUCUACGAAUCCAAAUGUCUACCACAAACAAGGC